CAUUGUGCUAGAGAGGCGUGUCGUGGCUGUGUUGACGUGGGUUGAGAAGAGGUGCUUUUCUGACGGCGUCAUGGACGGUGGGAACCCGGAUGCGCGGAUGCCCAUGAAAUUUGACGACGCUCGGGGUCGGAGGGGUCCACUCGGGGAACCCAUGGUGGCGAUCGCUGGAGAAGCCGUGGUGAAGGUUUGGGGGGGUUAUUUGGGGGAGACCGGUUUUUUUGAUCGACGAUGCUAAUAUCGUCGAAUCGGAUGUUGUCUAGUUGUUGCUGCUGUUGUUCUCGUUGGGUGUUGUUGAUGAGAGAUGUUGAUCCCGUUGCUGGUGUUGUUGUCGUCGUUUACUUUCGGGGAAGGUCGUCGACACCAGGUUACUAGUAGUCGAGUAGGUUGUUGCCGUUUCUGCUGGUCGAGGUUUGUAAUCUUCCGAGGAAUCCUUUCCGGUCUGCUCUGGCUUGCAGGCAAAGUCCCUUUAACAAUUCUAUGGCGUCGGCACGGGAGACGGAAUGACGGAAGUUUCUUUGUCUGGAAGUGUAGAUACCGAAGGAACCGUCUAGAGGAUGUGGAGGGCAGUCUAGAUUUGGUGUUGGUGGUGGUUGUGGUGGUAGCGGGUGGUGACGAAACUGCAGAAAGGAGAGUCGAAAUUGGAUGGGGUAAGGAGAGGAAGCAACGCAGUCAACAAGAAUGUUCCAGACAAGCAGAUGCACAGCAAAGGGUUAACUAGGGUAGAAAAAGAGAUCAAAAGAAGCAGCGGCAGUGGAGGGGGACUUGAAAGGGUCUUUAUCAU